UGGAGAGGGAGGUCUCUGCCACCGCAAAGCUCGGUUUCUGCCCCCACAAACACUCCCUGCUCAUCAUCAUCGGCCGGACCGCGCGCCGCUCACACACACAGCUCAUCAGCAGGGAGCUCGAGACAGGGAUUCGAUCAUGGGACGUAGACCUAAAAUCCUGCAACCUGAAUGCUUUUCUCCAAGAAUUCCUCUCUCAUCACACGGCAUCUUUUAAAGGUGCAGGGCAGAAGUGUCUUCGCCACUCGACCAAAGCGUUGGACACUCAGGUGCUGAUCAGUCCGUCUCAGGAGUCAGCUCAUUCAGAGGUGUUUGCCCUGCUCUCCCAGGAAUCGUCUCAUAAGCUGUUAAUCUUGGCCGGCCUGAGUGUGGAGGACAGCGGAGACCUGCUGUUUAACAAGGGACUGUUUUCACCAGAACAUCUGAGACAAAUAAUAUCAAAGCAGUUUGAAGAUAACGAGAGCUCUGCCUCCUGCCUUCCCCUCACUAAAACCCAUCUGACCCUCAGCUGUCCCAACACCGGACAGUGGAGGAAGACUCUCUUAGAAAACUCGCCCCUGCAGGGUCCUUUCACCCUUCAAAUCAACCCUCCAGAGGUGCUCCCCACCAUGCAGUCUCUGGGGGAAUUUACAUCCCUCAUUUCUGGGACRAUUUGCCCUGCGUCCCCCUUUGACCUCCUGCCGCCUCCAACCACUGUGGGUUUCCUCAAACUGUCCCGGCCCUGUUGUUACGUGUUCCCUGCCGGCCGCGGCGACUGCGCUUUCUUCGCCAUCAAYGGUUUCACGGUGCUAGUGGACGGUGGCUCAGACUCUCAGGCCUGUUUCUGGAAGCUGGUUCGCCAUCUUGACAGAGUGGAUGCGGUUCUGUUGACGCACAUCAGCACAGACAACCUGCCUGGUGUCAUAUCCUUCUUGGAGAGGAAGGUCGCUGAGAAGGAACUGAGUUCUGAUAUAAAAGAUGACUUGUCUAAGAAGCUUAUCUCUCCAGAGCUUGGAGUUGUAUUCUUAAAUGCACCGAGCAGAUUGCAAGAACAUCAGCCUUCUUGUGAAGACAAUGUUCUGAGGACCAAAGAGCAGGCAGCUGUAACCCUACAGCUCCUAAAGAAGUUAGACAUUAAGCCGCAUCCAAUGUUUCGACCACAAGGAGUACCUAUUAAACCGCUAACCCUGUUCCAAAAGAUGGGAGUGGGACAGCUGGAUUUAUACAUCCUCAGUCCAGGGAAAACCAGUCAGGAGUACGAGGCAUUCAUGCAAAACUGGCCUGAUAAAACCAUAUCAGUGUCCAAAUCCCAAAGUCUCCCUCUUGCYACCCUGGCCUCAGUCUCUGCCCUGCUCGUAUGGCAUCCAGCGUGUCCUCAAGAGAAGGUGGUCAGGGUGCUGUUCCCUGGCGUAACGCCACAGGCAAAGCUGCUCCAGGGGCUGGAGAAGCUCAAGGGGUUGGACUUCCUUCAGAAACCAACAGUGACUACUGGAGACCUUGAAAGACUGGGGGAGGACAGAAAGGUCAAGAGGACAGAUAGCCUGGACAGUGGAAGGUCGCAAGGGAAGGAGGGAUCACCCAAGUAUGUGAAAGAACGAGGAGUUAARGAAGAGGGAAAAGAAAAGGGAAAGACUUUAAUUGGAGUUGGUGGAAGAGACAUGGACAAAGCCAAAGUCAAGGARACAAGCUUAAAACAUAAAUCGUCAUUUUCAGAAAAGAAUAGYUCAAAGAAAGGAGUUGGGAAGUUUGGAAAAAAAGAAGAGAAGACUGGUGAUAAAGAGGAGAACAGCAGUAAAAGGAACGAACAGAUGAAAAGGAACAGUGUCUCUUCAAAAGCAAAGAGUGAAAAUAAAACAAAACCCAAAAAGGAUGCAAAAAACGAUUCCAAAAUGGGAGAGAAGAAAUCACAAAAAGUACCAGGAAAUGAGGCAAACAACAGCAAGAAGGUCCACGGAAACACAGAACUGCMAAACAACAAGUCAAUGAAGCAAAAAACUGUAGAGUCAGAAAMUCUCUGUAAGGAGAAAGAGAAUCAAACAAGGGAGCCAGAGAACCACCACGGCUCCAAAAUGUCUACCCCUGAGGACAUGACAGAGGAUUUUCUCAGGCUCCGACAGGAAAGUGAACAGGAACCAGGGCAGGUGGAAACAGCUGAUAAAGAAAAACAAAAACGCAGUGAGUURGGAAAUAUAAAGAGACUUGAAGAUUUGAGUGAAGAGUCGUGCAAUAAAACUGCUGACAGAUCAGAAGAGGAAGCAGCAGGUGGUUCAGGGCUAAUGGAAGUGGAAAGUAUCAGCUCAAUGCAACACAUACCUGGGGCUGAUAAGAAWGCAGAAACAGACCCCAAGAAAAACCUUCCAGAUGAGCCUAUUAAAUCAAGCAGACCUGUGAAAGUUGUAGGAUUUCCAUCUCCUUUGAAYAAGACUUCAAAGAUGGAAUGUAMAGUCCAGUUAGACRUAACGCCAACUGAGUACACACUUCUGGAUGGGGCUUUGAGGAACACCUCUCCCUCGCAGGCCUCGCCAGAGAACCAGGCCCCUAACAGCCCAGAUGAGGAGACCGUGGAACCUGUUUCUCCUGACUCACGUCCCAACAGCGCAGGCCACACGCCCUACUGUCUUUCCCCAGAUGACGUGUGGUGCAACAGGACCGCUCUCAGCAGACUACAGGCACAGGAUAAUCCUGAUUCAGUGGAUGCCUACGAUCCCGAUGGGUCAUCCAGACAGAGCGAUGAGUCCAAAGGUGUUUCUGAAAACUGCACAAACUCUAAAGAGAAACACCUCAGUUUUCUUUCUUUGGGUGCGUUUAAAGACGGAUCUUCAGAGCCCUCUCCUUCUGUGACCACCACMACUACGCAUUCGUUACCAGCCGAGGUGAGCUCGCCUCAGUCCACAGAAGUAGAUGAAUCCCUGUCCAUGUCCUUUGAGCAGGGACCCACCACUGUGAGCCAGAGAGAAGGAGACAACAGUGUUUACCAGUCUCACUCAAAUGGCGGUUAUUUUGUGGGAAUGCCUUUAUCGGUGAAGAAACCACCCAGAUCUUUGGGUCAGAGUUCAGACAUGGGGAGACCGUUUGCGCCAAACACGCUGCAUUUCGAGGCRUCAGCUCACGACGUGGACCUGUGCUUGGUUUCUCCAUGCGAGUUCAAGCAUUUCAAGCAGCCUGACUCGAGUUCAGGCACCAGUGAUUCCUCCAAAGGAGCCUUUGCCUCAAACCACUACGGCAACAACAACAACCCCAAGGACCGGUCKCCCAGCGAGUCAAAUGCCCCCGCCUGCACCGAGGACUGCCCAUCCACCACAGCUGAUGGAGUCCUGGACUCAGACUCGGAUGAGUCAUGCAGUGACCCAUCMAACUCCCCGUGUGACCGCGACAGCAGUCAGGCCUUGCCCCCCGACCCUCUUCCAGCCCCCCUCAGAGACAGUCCUCCCCUUCCGCCCCACCCUGACACCUCCAUGCCAGUUCCUCAGUCAGACUCUGAAGCUCAUGGGAAAAGAGGAAAAGCCACUGGAAGCAGAGUCAAAAAUAUGUCACCUGYUAUUGACAGCAGCCCAUUGAAAUCAGGCUCUGUGAAAAACCGGACCGGGAGCCAGACUGGAGUCAUCAAGGGGAAUCUUACUCGUACGCCUUCCUCCAGCACUCGCUCAGCACCAGCAAAAUCCACACCAGGUCCAGCUACCUCUGCCAGUGAAGUUGGUGUGUAUGUGGACCUGGCCUAUAUUCCCUCUGGAUCCUCGUCUCCCACAGUCACUGUGGACUUCUUCAGGUGUAUUCGCUCCUCUUGCUACAUCAUCAGUGGCAACAGUCCAGAGCGGGAGGAGCUGAUGAGGCAAACUCUGGAUGCUCUGCUGGAUGGCAAAACAUCCUGGCCGGAGACUAUGCAGGUGACAGUGAUCCCCACCUUUGAGUCGGCAUCGAUGCAGGAGUGGUACCAGCAGACUCUGGACAGGCAGCGGGAGCURAGCAUCACUGUCCUGGGAUCUAACAGCACGGUCGCUAUGCAGGAUGAGACCUUUCCUGCCUGUAAGAUUGAAUUCUGAGGCAGACUGACACAUCAUGCAACACUGAAAGAGACAGACGUUUUGGGGAACCACCCCGUUCUUUUCUGCAUGUACACGACUGAGUAGAUGAGAGGCGUUAAACACGUUGAGCUUCUUUUGUAGGUGUGGAUCACACGUCUCUUUGGGGGAAUAUUGCAUGCUUUUCUCACCAAUGACCCUGUUCAAUAUGGAAGAGGAGCUAAAAGUGACUGCAGGGGAAGUGUGUCAGCCUGCAGCACAUAGAGUCACAUGAAAAAUGAUGCUGUAAAUCAUUAAAAAUACCAGACAGUGUCAAAGACUGCAAGCUUGCAUUAAAGUAUGGUCAGAGUUCGUUGCCUCUGAUUCAACAUCUAACCAUCAAUAUGAGAAGAAUUGUAAAGAUAAAAAUCAUUGUUUGCAUUGCAUAUAAUUUUUCAAAUCGGACUCAUUGGUAGCAAUACACGAUACAGUCCACUACUUACCCAGUAUGUUCCCUGCAAGGAAGUAUAUAGUCUACACCCCAUGAAUACUUGGUACAUACCCAACAAGCACUUAGUAUGGACCUUGUUUACCUUUAUAAGAUACAUUACAGUUACGUGCUUAGUGAGUAUUCAGCACGUACCCUGUAGGUACCCAGCACUUAUAAGUACACCGAAAGUACCUGCUACAAAGCCUACCUGGUAAGUGCCCUUUAAAAAUGUAUAAGUACCUAGUAUGUACCCUGUAAAUCCCUAGUAAGUAACUGGUAAGAACUGGGUACAUCUUUGUAGGAGAUUUUUAAACAUUAGACAUGGGUGUGGUUUAAAGUUUGUUUUUAAAUCUCACAGCACAGAAUCACUUUUUAAAACAUUUUUAAAGUCAGUGUUUUAAUUAUUGAUUCUGGUAACUGUCCUUGUACUGUGCUUUUGACACAGUGGACUGCAAUAUUUUAAUUUCUGUUAGUCUUGAAAAUCGUGUGUUCAUGUGGAGUCCCACAGGGCUCAGUUUUAAGGCCUUUCCUUUUCUGCUUUUAGUCAGUCCCACUUGGGUCCAUUUUUAAAGCAUGAAAUUAAUUUUCAUUGCUCUGUGGACAACUGUCAGGUUUUUGUUCCCCCCACAAAGAAAAAAGGCAUUUCCCUCAAAACCACUAAUAAAAUGUCUUAAGGACCUUAACUUUUGGAUGGUUCWGAACAUUUUAUAUUUAAAUGAGAAAAAGACAAAAGUUAUGGUUCCUGGCUUCUCUGAGUUCACUGGGAUCAUAUCAAGCAUUUUUCAUAAUUGAGGCAGCUGGCGAACGUAAAGCCACUAAUUUCAAGAAAUCCCUUUGAGACAGUUAUCCAUCUUCACCACUUGGCAAGAUUACUGCAGAGCACUUUAAAUACAAGAUCAGUCAGGUCCAGAAUGCUGUCACGUCUUUUAAUCGGCAAAAGUUUACACCCCUAUGCACCCACCUGUUCUCUCAGAUCAGCAGACUGGCUGAUCAAAAGUGUGACCAAGUGUCCAAAAAACUAAAUGUAGGCUUCUAGGGGAUUUGCAGUGUCAAACAAACUGCUUUUAAAAUAGAUAGGCCAGUUGUAAGUUUACRUUUGAAUCUUAAAAAACUUCCCUUUACAUUGCCUCUUGUCACCAUCUGAGAUUUCAACUUUUUUUAGUUUAAAAGAUUUUGUAUUUUAUAUGUUUUUAGUCUUAUCGUAUGACAUGGCAUGGCAUCAGGCACAUACCUGGUAAGUAUUUGGAAAGUACCUGGUUUGUACGCAAACCAGAUGUGUUCUCUCUGGGUACUCCGGCUUCCUCCCACACACCAAAAACAUGACUGUUAGGUUAAUUGGUAACUCUAAA